AUGCGCUUCAGUACGACUCUUCGCCUGUUGGGCGUGGCCUUUUUGGCUUGUCUUGCAGGUGCACAACUUGCUCCUGCACCUGAUGGCUGGCCAAACUUCUGGUACAAAGGACAUGUUACGAACAAAGCUACCUUUGAGUACAACCCAACAAAUGAGUUCAUCUUCCCAAGUAUCUUCCACGCAGGAGAAUAUCUAGAUGACCCUCUCGGAGAAUGGUAUCUCUACUACGCACCACACGAGAAUCCUGGUGGCAUCUCCCUCGUGUACUCUGAUAGUCUCGAAGGACCUUGGAAAGAGUAUCCAAACAAUCCUGUCAUCGCCAACAAAUGGGACUCAUAUUAUUCAGUCCCUCACGUCUCAAGCCCAGACGCAAGCUGGAACUCCGACGCUGGACGAAUGUUUCUCUACUUCCACGGCGAUAACACACAAACCCGCUGGGCAGAAUCAAGCAACGGCGUUGACUUCCGUUACGGCGGCGUAGCAGUAAAUAACCAAAUGAGCGGUUCCAACACCACAGAGUCAAGCUACGCUCGUGUCUUUGCGCAUCCCAACUCAGCGUCCAAGUACAACUACGCAAUGUUCUACAUGGCCAACGAAAAGGACAACAGGCGCAAGAUCCGGCUCGCUGAAUCUGUGGACGGUCGUAAAUGGACUGUGGACUCAGAUUAUGUUGUGCAGCCUGGCGGACCUGAGGGGACAGAUGUCUCGGGUGCGAACUACUGGACGUGGAAUGGGCAGGCGUAUGUGAUCUAUCAUGGGUCUUCGGGGAAGAUUUACGCGAGAACUAUUGAUCAGACGUUGCGGGAUGUGGGGGCUGAGCCGGUUUUGCUGUAUCAGUCUAGAGGGAAGAGAGAGGAUGUUGGGAGAGUUGCGGCGCCGGAUAUUGCGAGCUCUGGGGGGAAUACUUAUAUGUUUUAUGAGUCUGGGGAUAGGUUAGGUGCGACGAUUGCUUGGGCUAAGAUGCAGAAGCAGUGA